AUGGAAGACGAAGGUGAGAACUAUCCAAUGGAGUAUCACGUAGUGAAUCAGAACAGAAUCACAGUGUACCUCACUCCAGAGAAAGAAGCAUUUCACCGCAUCGCCUCAGAAGGGUGGAUCGAGGAAGUAAAUUUAAAGAUUCAACCAUGGAGACAAAUCAAAGUGAGACAGGAAAAGCACAUGCUAUUCGCAGUGGCAACACAAACGAUAGUAACUGAAGCAAGUUCACAACUUAUCAUAGCUAAGAUUGCAAAACAUGAGUACCCUGAGUGGCUUCUCUCGGCUGUUUAUGCUAGCCCUGUGCACAGCAAGAGGGAGGAACUGUGGAAUAGUUUGGAGAACAUUGCUCAGACCACUUCAGCACCAUGGAUGAUAGCUGGUGAUUUUAACGACUUUGCUAGCCAAGAGGAAAAAAGAAGCUUUAGUUCUAACACCACUUUGACUCACUGGAAUAAUCUGGCCCUUUACACAAUUAGUAGUGAAGAGAAUAGUGAUCUUAUGAUUGAUGUCAUUAAUGAGGAAGUGUGGAAGGCUGUGAAGAAUAUUAAGGCUAUUAAAGCCCCAGGAAAAGUGGGAGGAAUGAUUCUUAAAAUAGACUUGGAGAAAGCGUAUGACAACAUCUCCUGGGCAUUCUUGGAACAAACUCUUGAGGAAUCUUGUUUCAAUAAGAAACUUAUUGAUUUGAUUAUGUGUUGUGUUACCACUGUGAACAUGGCUAUUUUGUGGAAUGGGAAGCCUUUGGAGGAAUUCAAACCUGAAAAGAGGAAAAGAUGGCUGCUUGGGAGGAUUGAUGGCAUUCAGAAAUCCCAAGCAAACAUCUAUUCCCAUAACCUUCAUGUGUUGGAGAUGAAUCUUAUUGAUCAGUAUAAUAAAGUCCUCUACCAAGAGGAAAUUCUCUGGUUCCAGAAAUCGAGAUCUAAAUGGAUCACCCAAGGUGAUAAAAACACCAAAUUCUUCCACCUCCUCACCCUGACUAAAAAGAGGAAAAAGAAGAUUGAUGUUUUAAAAGGGCAAGAUGGUGUUUGGGUUGAAAGGCCUGAAGAUUUGAAGAUGUUGGUGACUAAUUACUUAACUAAUUUGUUCACUCAGAGUUCUAACACCACUUUGACUCACUGGAAUAAUCUGGCCCUUUACACAAUUAGUAGUGAAGAGAAUAGUGAUCUUAUGAUUGAUGUCAUUAAUGAGGAAGUGUGGAAGGCUGUGAAGAAUAUUAAGGCUAUUAAAGCCCCAGGUAGAGAUGGAUUCCAGGCCAUUUUCUAUCAUACUUAUUGGUAG